AUGUCUCUCGAACAGAUUCGAAAUGUCGUUCUGCUCUUCAGUAAUCCUGUAUGGUCAGGUGCCAACACUGUCCCUUCGACCAUUAUCAGGAACAUCACCUCGCUCUCAAGGAGCAUAGCCUACCAAGACACUAUCUCGGCAAAUCUUACCACCUUGAGCGGCACCAACUCCGAAACCCAGGAUGGCAUUAUCAGAGGGCUUCUCUACGUUCCCGACCUUAACGUCGCAAAUCCAUGCUACCAACAGCAGUACGAUAUCAUCCCCCGAAAUGCGACCACGCAGGCCACUCUCCCUCCUACCAACUACAACCUCAUCGCAAUAGCCCCAUGGUUUAAUGCCAGUUGCACCCAAGCCUAUCUCUCCUCCGCCCGCCUCGACCCGAUCCGAGCCUUUAUCUUCUACAGGCCCAAUAACUCUACGAAGGAACCCCAAGGCGCUGACUCCCCCAUAUGGGAUCUCGACGACAACGAUGCUUGGCGCUCGCAGAACCGCUUCCCGAUUUUCGCUAUUCCUGGCGCGGAAGGCAACAAGAUGAUGCGGGCUCUCAGCCUAUACUCUGGGAACCUUUCAACAAUACCCUAUGGAGAUCAGAUCCAAGACAUAUACGAACCCCAUGAGAAUGACUUUGUUCGCAUCUGGACGGAAUUGACGGUGAAGGACCGUGAUAGUGUGCCUGCCAUGUGGACUUGGAUUCUUACAGUCGUCGGCGUUGUACUUUUCAUUGUCGCCUGCCUUUCACUUACGAUGCAUUUAGUACAGCGAAGACGAAGAAUAUCACUACGCAGGAGAGUGUUGAUUGGCGAAGUCGAUCUGGAAGCUAUGGGUAUCAAACGAGUUACCGUACCAGUCGACCAUGUCAAAAGUUUCCCGCUGUUUACAUACAGCUUCCAGCCAGAAAUGAUCAGCACACCUUCGACAACAAGACCGCCGAGAUCCAUCAGGUCCCCACGAAGCCAGCGAACCAUAUCCGAAUCCACGAUCACAAAAUCGAGAGCUCGGCGAUCUAGUAUGAAUAGCGCUACAAGCACCGUCGCGACAAACUAUCAACCCCAGUGCCAUAUUUGUCUGGAAACCUACAUUGAUCGAGAUUCGAUCAUCCGAGAAUUGCCGUGUGGCCACAUCUUUCACCCGGAAUGUAUCGACGAAUUUUUGAGCCUCAACAGCUCCCUAUGCCCAAUUUGCAAAAGAAAUAUGCUACCGCGGAAUUAUUGCCCAAAGAUUACGAAUGGAAUGGUGCGUCGCGAGCGGGCCCUUCGACGGUUGAGGGAAAGGGUAAUAGUGGUCGAGUCAGACGACGAGGAAGAGGGGAUGAAGGGUAAAAGUUGGGGCAAGCGGCUAUUCGGCACGGACAAAGCGGCAUCGUCACCGAAGGAAACGCCGAUGACGCCUGUGACACCCUCUAGGUCUCCGAAAACAGCACAAGAGUUAGCGUCUGCUCGCACCCCUGCGCCGGCAGAAACGGAAGCCACGCACAGAUCAACCCUUGAACCAACCCAAGAGGAACAGGAAGACUCGGACCAGCCUUCAAGUCAAUCAGGUGGACAGGAUCCGGACCAGUCACAACCACAGCCGCCCCCAGCGGCUUAUCACCCUCGCCGGAACAAGCGCCGGAAGCUGGGUGGUUUGCGGCUCCAUGUGCCCGAUCCGGAAGAACAUAACCAACCCACUAACAAACCGGAAGGACGAAAGAGUCCCUCGGCGUUGGCACGGGCCCGAAUGCGGGCACUUGCGGGUACGCCGCUUGACGACCCAGACGGGCGUAACCCGAUAUGGAAGCGUUACGUCGUCAAAGUUUUUCCAGGCUUCUCAUGA